AUGUCCCACCUCAAGUUCUACGCAUACGAGGGCCAUGGAGUCCGCCAACAGAAGGUGUUCCGCUACAGCCAAGCCGUCCGUGUUGGAGACCGGAUCGAAUGUUCUGGCCAAGGCGGCUGGGAUCCCAAGACAGGAGAGUUUGAGAAAGAGAUCAAUGCUCAGAUUGACCUCGCCUUCUCCAACGUAGAGCUCUGCCUCAAAGACGCUGGAGGCAAAGGGUGGUCCCAGGUGUACCGGGUCAAUUCAUACCAUGUGCCCAUCAAUAACGAAGCCCUGGAAGCAAUGGUUCGCAACUUCAAGAAGUAUAUGCCAGAUCAUGAUCGCUCUGGACCUGCGUUGGGGUGACCCGUCUGGGCGAAGACGACAUGCGCGUGGAGAUCGAGGUAGUGGCCCAUGACCCUGAAGGUACCAAUGUUGCUGGCAGUGUAUAGUGAUAGCCAAUCCCACAUCUCUUAACGGCACUGUAUUCUAAGCUGGUCUCUAAGUCUGUCAUAGCGGACAGGUCAUGUUCAGUAGUAAAUAUGCGAGAUGCCAAUAGAGUCGCAACGGGGCCGGGCAGAACAGGUUAUAUACAUACACAUUGAUCUGGAAACGGUAAACAUUUAUAUAAAUC